GAAAUGGCGCCUGGUGGAGUGGGAACGUCUGGAACAGCCCUUGGUGCCAGUAGAGGACCUGAAAAAGGGCGCCUACUUCAUCACAGCUGACUUCAAUGGCUGGGGCAUUGAGCCCAUGGUGCAACAGGCCGAUGGCAGCUGGACCUUUGAGGUUCACCUCAUUCGUCCAGGUGGUCAGUUUCAGAUCCUCAGAAACCGCGACUCGGAGCAGGUUCUGUAUCCGGCUGCCUGGGCGGAUCGAGACCCUUCGGCUGUGCGUGGUCCGGACGAUGGUAGCGACGGCCGCUGUUGGUACCUCAAGGGUGAGCAGUGUGACGUCUUCUGCGUGUCCCUGCAGCGCCGAAUAGACGACGGUCUGGAUGUGAAGAAGGUCUCCAUCGAGCGCACGGGGCAGAAGGAGCUAAACGAUGCACAGCUUCGACAGCUCGGGCGCCUCCGAUUAGCCGCUUUCGGAACCUGGGAUCGAGGCUCGAGACUACGCGAGCUGCCUUGGGCCGGCACCUGCUUCCAUUUCUUCGUGCAGCUCGGCUCCGAAGGACGUGAGUCCUUCCAGCUGCUGGAG